GGAGGCGGAGCCAAGCGGGGCGGGACCCGACGCGGAAAUCAGGUGGCUCGUUCCCUUAGCAACCCGCUCUGUUGACAUCGCCCGGCGCCAGCCCGGGGCGGGGAACAAGGGCCCCGGGAGAGCAUCGUUCAUUAUUCUGCCUUGGUGGGACCUCGCUGCCCCCCCCCCGCCCCCGCGGGCACCAUGCGCAGGCUGGGCCUGCAGCGGGACCUGGCCGAGGCGGCUGCGCUGGAGCGGAGGCGGCAGCGCGAGCUGCGCAGGCAGAGCCGCAUCUUCAACGCCCGAGUCAGGACCAUCGGGGUUGAUAAGGAUGCUUUGGAUACUCAAAUCAAUGAUAAGAAGAUUCAAGAGGCAAAUGAGAAAGCACGACAUGAUACAAUUGCUGGUGAAAUGAAGCAAAAUGACAAGAUCAUCUGUAUGUUAGAAGAACGGCAGAAACAGGACAUCAAAAACCUAAACAAAGCUGUCACUGAGUUUCAACAGAAUUUUCAGAAGCCAGAAACUCGGCGUGAGUUUGAUUUAUCUGACCCACAGUCCCUGAAGAAGGAUACUUCUGCUCGCCUCUCUGACAAUGACCCUCGAUGUACUGUAUCUGGCUUGCAGAAGUUUCUAGGAGAAGAUUUAAACCAUGAUCAGAGGGUGAAAUUUCAAAAGGAGCAGUCAAGAGAAUGGUCUCUACAACAACAGAGAGACUGGAAGAAUGCAUUAGCAGACCAGAAAUUUGCAGAGGAUCUCCAUGACAAGAACAGGAUAGACCUAGAUCAAAAGGCUAUGGAACUACAAAGAAAAGAAGUAGAAACCAGACAAGCUGUUUGUGCAGCUACCAAGGAUUUUAAUAGAACCCAGGCUGCAGAAUUUGCAGAAAGAAAAAUGCUAGAAAAGCGUCAGGAAGAAGAAGAUAAUGUGGCUGAAAUUUCUAACCUCCUUCGAGGAGAUUUGCUUUCUGAAAACCCAGAACAAGCAGCCAGUUCGUUUGGGCGACAUCGUGUGAUUACUGAUCGAUGGAAAGGAAUGAACCAGGAUCAGCUGAUGGCAAUACGUUACACUCAACAGCAACAAGUUCUGGAGAAACUGAGGCUGCAGGAGGAAGAAAGGCAAAGAAAUGCAGAGUGGGAGAGGCAACGUAUACAGGCUGCCAGAGCACAACUUCUUUUUGAGCGGCAUCAACAGCGACUAAAUCGAGAACUUCGCAGAACUCUGGAUAAUACUAAUGCACAACUCUCCCAGGAGCAGAAAUCAAAAAAAAUUUAUCUUCAGGAGGAAGUGUAUUCAAAUUUUCCAACAGGCCAAUAUUUCACACAGUUUAAUACAACUAGCCGGUGACGUAUGAGGCACAUCCACUCUCUGAAAUAUAAAUUUAUGUUACAGAAAUUUUGAGAUUACAGCAUGAUUGUCAGAUAACUUAAAGUAUAACAAAACCUGAUCUUCAUAUAUGCUUUUCAGAGACCACACUCUAUUUUAAAAUGCAGGAAGAAGUAUGGGAAGAGUAAUUGCUAUUGUUGAGAGCAAAGCAAAUGAAAUAUUUCUGAAUAUUUAUCCAUAAUUUUUAUAUAUAUAUAAAUAAAUAGAAUUGAAUUAAUUUUAUUAGUACUCCCAAUUAAAGUUAUGUGCAGUCACUAUAUCUAUUGUUAGUUUUUCAACAAUAAAACACUGGGUUGGGUUUUUUAAGUGUUUUCAGUGCUUUUUGAAAGGUGAAAGAUUUGAUAGAAAUGGAAAUUGAAAUAACCUGAUCAGCUGCUGAACAGAUGUUACAAAGGGAGUAGCACUGCAACCUUGUUCUCCAUGCCCCUCCAAAAAUGCACUGGGCCUAGAUAACUACCCUGGAGGGGCACCCUUAUCUAGAAUAGAAGGGAAAUAUGCUAGCUGGAACUAUUUUCAAACCUAAUAGGUUCUACACUGGCUUCUUUGGCUAGCAUAAACCAGUUAACCAUGUUAUAAACUAUUUUAGAACACAAUUUUGUGGAAAAUAUUUUAUUUAAAAAUACUUCUGACUAAUAUGAUUUUCCCCCCAACACAGGGCCAGGAUAUUGGGACCAUUGGUUUCUAUAAAUGCAGAUCUGCAGCUCCUCUUCCGGCCUAAUCUUCCAUACUGGGCAUAUGCAGGGCUAGCACAGAAAACUUUACUCCCAAAGUGCAGGGGGAGUGCAGGGACUCCUGUGCAGCUGCUCAGCAAGCAGAUCCUUCAGACAGUCCCUAUGUGGUGAUAAAGUGGUGCAGUUCUCCUCACUAACAUGAUUUUCACACCUAUAUUUCACAUGCGUCAAUGAGAGUAUGUCAUAUAGCACUUUUAAUUUAUGCUUUUCAGGGCUGUCAAGCGAGUAAAACAAAUUAGUCAUGAUUAAUCACGUGAUUAAUUAUGUGAUUAAUUGCUCUAUUAAACAAUAAUAGAAUACCAUUUAUUUAAAUAUUUUGGGAUGUUUUCUACAUUUUCACAUGUAUUGAUUUCAAU